AUGGAUGGCCAAGCUGACAACGUCCUCGCGCCUGAGGGGGACCUUGGUGAACUCCUCGGCUCACAGCAAUUCCGGAAUGGAGUUCCUCCGUUCGCGCAGUAUAAUGUCAUCUACCUCCUUGACUUCUUCAUUCCCCCUGAGGCCGACUGCGUCCGCUUCCCGCUUGCCGUGGCACUUGAUGAACAGACCUUCAAGAAGGUCUUUGGUAGUUCACAGGAAGAAAUCGCCCUCGUUGCCCAAAGAAACAAUAUAACCGCUCGUGCCCGACACGCCAACUUUAUACCUGCUCGAAAAGGUCUGACUGUCCACAGAACCCCAGUCCGUGAUGAAGACCACUGGCCGGAGUUCCCCGAGUUCGUGAACAAGACCGUCCCGACGAUGGGAGCGCAUUAUGGGCCCGACAUGGCUGACGUGACACGGCCCAUCACCCCCGCCUGCACUAACAUGGUCAGCGAAAUCCUCGAGUAUAAAAUCUGGGGUAUUUUCGCCUCAUCGCUCAUUCAGAAGAUCAGUAGUCCUAAGAGAAGGACAGAGUCAUCCGUCAGCACCUACUGCAAUAUCCAGAUGAUUGACCGCGAAAAACUGAAAAACGAGGUCAUGAACUCGGUCGAGCUUCAUGGCGUCUUCACACAGGUGCACUGGAAGCGCGCGUCGGAGAAGGAAUGGACUGCUACAUUCAACCACCUCUUUCCGAUAAAGAACUGGAAACCACCUCGAUACCAUCAACACUACCCGUACAUGGAAUACUUCCUCCAUUACACCGCCCUUCUCGACAAUGUCGACCAUGAGACGGCCGGCAAGAUCCGAGAGGCGCUUUGGGCAAAAGUACGCGAUCUCAUGUGGCUGCCAGCGGCAAACGGCGAGCGCGUCUGGAUAUAUGGACUCAGCGAUGGAUUUGUGGGUGUCCCAUAUCCACGAGAGUCAGGGCCGCACAUCCUUGUCAACCCAUAUGUGCACGAUGAGCCUUCCGUUGUGCCUCCUCCAGGCCCCCCUCCGGCACCAGAGCCCGAGAUUGGUCCACGUUUCCUACGAGAGGAAGAAGAGGAGAGUUCUGAGGAGGAGUAG